GUGAUAUCAAAACUGCUAUCAUCUACAUCCUCUCCAUCGAAUCAAAUCAUGGCCAAUUGCGCUCUUCUUGCUUGCGUCAUGAUCGGGGUUCAGUUUGACAAGAAGGACAUAGUUCGGAUUGAUAAAAGUUCUGCCCUGCCUCGAUUUGCGAAUGCCCUUUUGGAGCAAUUCCAAACCACUCUCUGGACAUGGUAUGGAGGUGAUCUCAGCGAGGACAACACAGGCGCAGCACCGAGUUGGGCAUGGAACUUCAUCAAAGUCAUUUGUCUUGUGCUCGAGUCUGCCAAAAAUUACCACCAUCUUUCAUUGCACGCCAUGCGGAACCUAGACGUGUGCAGGAAAAUUUACUCACGAGUGAGAUCAUCCGAACAAAAUUUUCCCUGGGAAUUGUUGGGUGCUCUGCAAAAUGCACUGCGCUUCAUGCUCGCCGCUGCCAAAGUAUCUCGGGACCCUGCCGACUUGUGGAAUAGCCAGUAUUUUUGGAUAGGUGAUUCCCAUUCGCCAGAAGACUUUGAGUGGCUGGUCGAGUACAUUGAUCCCGACAACCAGGAAGCAGUAUUCGACAUCCUUUUACUCCUGGUUGUCAUAGAAGUACGCUGCAGCCCUGCUAAACGGCAUCAGUUCUUCAAAAGUAUCAUCGCCUGCAUGGGUAGUCACAUGCCUGCCCACUUGCGUCAUGCUGCUCUUCGCCUUGCCCACAGUGCCCGAGAAGAAAUGGUCUCGAUCGAUACCAUUGAUAAUGCGGAGCUGCGGGACAUGAUCUUGACCGAGUUCUCCCCCGCUAUCCUGACUGCAAUUUCUCCGCAACCAGGUAUAACACUCUCCGAUGAUGAUCCUGACUGCUUCUUCCAUGAAGAUCGCGACUUGUGCUAUCUCGAACUGCUCUUUGCCCUCGCGAGGAAUUCCAACUGGCACCCCCAUUUGUUUGAGGAUCGCCAUAUAGAUCGAUGCAUUAGCAUUGUUGCCAAGGGUAACUUCGCGGAAUAUGCAUUUUACCUAGCUGGCAUCCUCCUCCGCAUCGCACCUGAACAGUCGUCGGUUAUAUCCCUCAAUUCUAUUACAGGGGAGCAGUGGUGGGACAUGAUGAGAGAUGCAUGGCUCCAUGCCAGCUUCACAACUGACGACAUACACUGUUUCGAGUUCCUUCCCGUCCUUGUGGAAGGCACGAAGAGGUAUAUGCACAUUGCUGCACAGAAGUAUAUCAGUUGGGAAAUCCAUUUCAAGUUCUUCAUUGAACAUGUGGAUCGUGUUCUUGAUGCACUAGAGAUGCGAGAUUCACAGCAGGGAGAAGGAGAGGGUGUCGCCGUUGCUGUGAAAGAGCUGAAGACUGUUGCCAGCGAUAUGCUUGAGAAGUUGGUCAGCAGUCAAGGAGUUGUUAGUCCCUUAUUAUCAUAGCAUUUGCGUGUUGUGCUAGCGUCCUGGGA